ACCGGGUAGUCUCUCUGCUUCUGGUUGGGCCGUAGCGAAGCGGGAUUGUUGUUAGCAGAGGAAAGGGAUGGAUGAAAGGAGAAGGAUGCUGUACCAAGGAAGGAGAGGUCUCCUUUCUGCGCCCGGCAUGAAGCGUCUUUCCUUCCACUCGCAGCCGACUUAAAGGGAGCCAAACCGCGAGAAGGCCGUCUGGGCGCUCUGUUCUCUUGGCGCAUGAUAACGUAAGAGUCUGAGGUCCUAAACGUGGGGUACAUAGAGGCUCAGUAAAAGAAGGAAAGAAAGAAAGAAAGAAAGAAAGAAAGAAAGAAAGAAAGAAAGAAAGAAGAGGGUGGCCUUUUCGCAGAAACAUCAACAGUCUCCGAGGAAAGGGCUGUGGUUAUUGGUAGAGCAUCUGCUUUGUAUGCAGAAGGUCCCUGGCAUUUCCAGGUAGAGCUGGGAAAAUCUUCCUGUCUGAAAUCCUGGAGAGCUGCUGUCAGUCAAUAGAGUUUCUUGAGGCAGAAGUGCUAGUAAGCACGUGACUGUGAUGGCACACAAGCAGAUUGGAAAGUGGGAAAAGUAUGGCAAAAGGUAUUGUAGAGACUGGGAAGGAGAGGCUGGCUUAAAAGACUGGGUUCGGAGGGUACCAGGAGAUCAGUCAAAAGCAGCAUGCAGAUACUGCAUAUGUGAAAUCAGAGCUCACCACAGUGAUCUUGUGGCACACAGUAAAACGAAGAAGCAUAAGAAGCACGUUGCGUUGCUUUCACAGCCUUCGGCUAAUGUGGAAAAACAUCCAUUUGAGUUUGAUAUACGGCAUUCAUUGCAACUUGAAAAACAAGUUUCCUUUGAAGCUGAGCAAGAUAAACUUGAUGAAUUGAGGCAUGCAGAAAUGGAUGAAUCCAUAAAUGUGUGUGCUCUGAAAUUAGCAGCACAUAUAGCUUGCCACAUGAGUAUUUUUACUGUUGAUCACCUUGGGUGUAUUAUUGGUGGAAUAGCUGAGAAAGACAUAAGUCUUCAUAGGACAAAAUGCUCAACAAUUAUUAGAGAUAUCAUAGGCCCUACUGUGCAUAAAGAGCUUCUUAGGGACAUUGGCAAUGGAUACUACUCACUGAUCAUUGAUGAAAGUUCGGAUGUGUCUUCACAAAAGCAACUUUGUUUGAUGGUGCGAUACUUCAGCAACAAGCUUAAAUGCAUUGUAUCCUCCUUUGCAGGAAUAAUUACUUUCACUGCAAGCGAUUCUGAUUUUAUCACAGAAGCCCUCUUAUUGUUCCUAAAUGAAAAUAAACUGAACAUAAAGAAGUGUGUUGGGAUUGCUGCUGAUGGUCUCAGCGCAAAUAUAUGUGACCAUAAAAAUUCGCUGCUUAAGAAGUUUUAUGAACUCAAUCCUUGUGGUGUUUUUAUUAAGUGCAUAUGUCACUCCCUUUAUCUGUGCUUAUCAAGAGCUAUUGAUGUGCUUCCACUGAACCUAGAAUACAUGAUUUCACAGACCUAUUUGUGGUUUUCUCAAAGCACAUUUCACCAGAAACAGUACGCUGAACUGUAUGCUGCAAUCAGUGUUGGAGAGAAUGCACUGAAAGUGCUGCAAGUUACUGACACACGAUGGCUGUCUAUUAGUCCUUGCAUCAAUAGAAUACUUAGCCAGUAUGAUACUCUGAAGUUGCAUUUUCAGUCUGUAAAAGACAAUGAAAAGGACUACAGUGCUGACCUCCUCUAUCAAAUGUACUCUGAGCCUGUUAACAGACUUUAUCUUGUUUUUUUACAGCCUCUUGUCCAGGAAGCAAAUAGGAUCAGUAAGUUAUUUCUUCUGGAAACUGUUAAUCCAGUUAAACUUAUUACUGAGUUAGUGAUGCUCUACAAGACUCUGUUACAAAAAAUAGUGAAGCCUUCUGCCUUUCCAACAUGGUCAUCCAUAAUGAACUAUGACAUGCGAAGCAAGCGAAACUACCUGCCCCCCUCGGAGGUUAAUCUAGGGCAAGUGUUCCUCUCAGAAUUAGCAGAAGCCAAACUCCCUUCCCAAAUUGGAGAUGCAAUUCAACUGAAGUGUCGGGAUUGUAUUUUUGAGCUUGUAAACCAAAUAAAGCUUCGCCUGCCCCCAAACGUACAACAUCUUGAAUCACUUGGUGCUCUAAAUCCUUCAGUUGUUCUGAGUCCUCUAAGACCUACAUUCUCAACUCUAUCAUUUUUGUCCUUAUAUAGAGGAGAUCACUCAAAACUGGAGCAGCAGUGGAGAAAUCUGGAUACAGUUUCUUGGACAAACACAGAAGAUGGCCAGAUAGAACAAUUCUGGGUAGAAGUUCUAAAACACACAGAUGAAGUGGGAGAUAAAGAUUUUGUUGAGCUAGGAUUAUUUGUCCUUACUCUGCUCACCCUGCCAUUCAGCAAUGCAGCAGUGGAGUGUACAGUUUCACAAAUGAAUCUGAUAAAACACAAGUUAAAGAACAGGCUGCAGGACAGCCUGCUUGAAAAUAUCCUGAGGAUCAGAGCCUACAUGCACAGAAAUAAGAUUUGCUGCAAUCAGUUUCAGCCAUCCAAAGAGAUGAUUUCUUUGUUCAGUAGCGAAUUUUAUGCUGUUGCUAAUAGCCGGGAUGCAAUAGAAGGCUAUAAUGAUAUAUUUUGAAAAUAAUUUAAGUCCAGAGAUUCUUAAAAGUACAUUCUUAUACAAGCAUUGAGUGACUUCUUGUAGUUGUACUAUGUGCUGUUCUGACAUUUUCUUACUAAUGAAUACUGGUUUUAGUGUCUUUAUACUUGUUUUUCAAUUCUAUACUUUUAACUGAAACAUUCUGGUUUUUUUACUGAAGAAGUAAUCAAUAUCAUUGAUUAAAAAUGAUAUGCAUUGUAGGUUGCAAAAGAUCUCAAGUCUUUAAAAUAAGUGACUUCAUAUUGUUCUCUUCAAAUAUUUCAAAAUUGUUCUGCAUUCCUCAAAAUAGUUAAAAUUAGAGUAUUUGUUAUGCCUUGCAAUAAUAUUUAUUGUGAAGUCUUAGAUGUCAAAAUGCUGGUGGCAGAGGCUGAGAUCAAACAUCAAAUGUUGAGGUGUCUGUUUUCCAUAUAUCAGCAUCACAUUUCUAGGCGAUUAAGUGGAGUUUUUCUUACAUUCAAAAGUUUUUAAACAAUUACUAAAUUGAGGCCUUUGCUAGACAAAUGUCAAAAUGCAUUUUAGGUAUAACUUUUUAAUAUAUUUAUGUCAGAUUUAAUCACCAAUGAUACUUUGAGGGCAACAUUACUUUAAACCAUUACCAAAAUUAGCUGGCUAUCACAUGAAUAUUCACACAAAGCAACAGCUCAGAAGUAGAUAUAUAAAUUAUUAGAUAAUAAUAAUAAUAAAUAAUAAAAUUUUAUUUUUGAGUCGCCUAUCUGGCCGAAUUAACGGCCAUUCUAGGUGACGUACAGAAUAAGAUAAAAUACAAUAUAUAAAAUACAACAUAAGUCAUAAACCUCAGACUAUAAUUAAUCAAAACCAUCCACAACUGUAUCACAAUAAAACUAGUCCAGCCCAGGAAUCUUGUAUGCCUGCCUUUUAAGGCUCAUUCAGGCAGGCAUACAAGAUGACUUGAAAAGAAAAGGGGGCUAAUUUGCAGCUUGGAAUUGAGAUUUUUAAAAGCAUAUCUAGAACCAGGUUUUGCUGAGAACUUCUGAAUGAACAUGUCUAAGCUCUGGAUGUAAAUGACAAUGCAAUAUGUAUUUGUAUAACAGAAACAAUGAUUAGGCUUAGAAUAAAAAUUUGUAAGAAGCUAUUGGAAAAGAUAAAAAGCACCAUUAGUCAUACUUGCAUUUUUUCAUGUGUAUUUCACAGAUUCCUGCAGCUUCUCUGACAAAUGAAGGGGCUUGGAUCUAACAGAUCCAAGGCCACUUCUGUUGUGCCCCUGCUGUAUCUCCAGCACACCUGUUUCAGACUUAAUGCCAUAUAUCACUGAUGAAAGAACCACAAAUGGUAGCUGUAUGCCAACAGACUUAUCCACAGCAUAAUGAUGGCCUCUGUGGCAGAUGUGCCUCUCCACUGGCAAAGAUGGAAGAUGCCUACCCUCCUCUUUAAUCCCCUCCAGUUAACUGAGCUGGGGGUUUGGAUUACACUGCCCCGUACAUAACUGCUAGUGCAGCGUGGGCAAUGGCCCGUUAACAUACAAUUACAUGUAGUUUCCCAAAUGUUUUGUUCAAAAUGGAACAUACACUCCAGAGUCCAAUGCUCCAGGUCUGGUGUAGUUUCCCUCAUUUCAGGGAUGUAUCUGGUGAAUGAGGGGGCCUUUGAAACCAGGCAAUCUUAGGCUUAUGCAGUCUGCCGCAACACCCAUCCACAAUGCCUCAUUUUGGCCCCAUGACCUUCAGAACACCAAGGGCCAGUCAGCAGCAGAACUCUGUGACCACACCAGGAAUGCUUCUGAUUGUGCAGAGUGAGGUCUGCAAAAUACUAUGUCUCAUCACCUGCUCUCCAAAGGCGCAUAGGAUUGCUGUCUGAGAUACUUAUGUUUUCUGAUCCUAAACAGAUGUAUUUGAAAGGCCCCUUGUUAUUAGCAGGAUUUGCUUCUCAGUACUGUUUUUAGGUCUACAAUCUUGGUGUAUUUAUUGAUUGAUUUAUUAGAUUUAUAUCCCACCCUUCCUCCCAGUAGGAGCCCAGCAAUUAAUCUCUGUCCCUCUUUAUUGAACAGUAAUAUCUCUAUAAUUUUGUACCUGAAUUUUCAAGAAAAAAGUCUGAAAACUGCAGCAAUACUUCAUGCUUGAAAGGAUAAUGAUUAAGUAUAAGUGGUGGAUUCUGAAAAAUGCCUUUGUGUACAUCAACAUUAUGGCUUUUUGAAACUGGUUUUUAAUCAACUCAUCUAAAAUUCUUUAUUUGCAAUACGCUGUUGUGAAAAUGCUCUAAAAAUAAAGGGUGAUAUUCAGUGUUGGUAAACUUGGUAUAGAUGCCUUUAAAAUAAUAUACUAUUUCAAUGGAUCUAUUACAAGUAUGACUUAGUUGGAUAAAGGAUCUAACUAUAUUCUAGUUAGUUGAACAAAUGUUUUGUUUGUAUAA